AUGUCGCCACAAAUGCGACAGCUCAGACGCAGACAACCACAUGGGAGCCAACGCCUUAGCUGGAGCUUGGGCUCAUUGAUUUUGGGGACUUGGCUGCCCUGGCUUCUGUGUGGGUCAGCAGUCAGUGGCUGGGCUUGGAAAUGCUUAUACAAAGAGUACCCCGUGGAUAGUGAAAAGAUAAAAGGCAUUUGGUGGAUUUAUGCCACAUAUCCGACUGCUACUGAUCGCUGCCUCUUUAAGGAAUUGGAUCGGUACUGGACGCGCAUAACGAUGGUCGACUACAGUAGCUUUGCCGUGGAGUUGCAUUGUUCCCUUCCCUGGUACCGACAUCAAAUGGCUAUUUACACUCGUGCCAGAGACCCCGAUAACGAGGUACUCAACAAGGUGGAAGAGUAUUUGAAGUCCGUACAACUGGCCACCAAGGACUUCAAGUUGGUCGAUCAGAGAACCUGCACAAACCAGACUGAUGUGCCCGUGCAGCGCUGGCAUCUGAACAAGUACAUGCAUUUGGACUAUCACCCCCAUUAUGUCAAGCCGCUGGUGGUCAACGACAAUAUAUAGAGGAAAUGAGAGUGAAAUAAAUGUUUGGUGAGACAACAAAUAUUGAACAUACUUGUACUAGAGAGGUGCGCGUGAUUCAAUUUUAUCGAAGUGUACCCUUGGCUUUGAUCACU